AUACUUCAGCUGCUAUGCUACGAACUACUCUACUCAGCUUCACUCCGGUGAAGCACUAUAUGGCUCUGCGCGUGAUCGGCGCGUCAACCUUGCGCGGAUCACGUACUCGAUACCUCUCCUUGUCGUCGGUGGCCAAAUCGGACGCGCCGCGCUCUGAUCAGGCUUUCGCGAGCAGCCCGACAGCGCUCGGCACUGCGUCGAGUGCCAGCGAAGGCGGGGAUCAGUUGACCACGCCAGACGCUGUGAGCACCGUGCCGACGAUGGUCCGGGGCGAUUGGGUGCUCUUCCACCCGGUGUACUCUCCGGAAGAGGUCAAGGCCGUGCAGGUGUUGCACCACAAAGCAAAGAAUAUCCCGGACAAGAUCGCAUCAAAGCUGGUGCUGCUAGCGCGAUUCGGAUUCGAUUUCGUCUCGGGCUAUAAGCACAAGGAGAUCCCCCCAGAGAGCAACAUGACCGUCGAGGAUCUCCGCAAGAACGGAUACCUACUGGACGAACAUGGCUGGUUGAACCGAAUUUUAUUCCUGGAAACUAUUGCUGGGGUUCCUGGGAUGGUGGCUGCAACGCUCAGGCAUCUCACUAGUUUGCGCUUGAUGGCAAGUCCUCUACGCUCUGUUCAUCCACACCGACGUGGGACCUUCAUGACCUUGCGGAAGAACUCGAUCUGGUUCCGCGCUCUGAUUCUCGGAGCUCAAGGGGUCUUCUACAACAUGUUCUUCCUCGCGUACAUAGUCUCGCCCCGGACGUGCCAUCGUUUUGUUGGUCAUCUGGAGGAAGAGGCGGUCCUCACCUACACCCGCUGCAUCAAAGAUCUGGAAGCUGGGCGCAUCCCCGAAUGGACAAACAAGCCCGCGCCAGAGAUCGCCAUCGACUACUGGCGUCUUCCCAAGGACGCCACGCUCCUUGAUGUGCUGUAUGCCGUGCGGUCGGACGAGACGACGCAUCGGUUCGUGAACCAUAGCUUGGCGAACCUCAACACACGCACCGACAUCAACCCUUUCGCACUGAGGGAGCCCGAUAUGUUUGUCAAGGGCACGAAAAUUGCUUUCGAACGCGAUGAAGCAGAGGACUUUGUGCGCGAAUCGCGCGAAAUCAUGGAUGAGAAGAGAGAAGCUCAGAUGGGAAAAACAGAAGCUUAGUUCCCAGGGACAAAACAUGUAUAGAUAGACCGCCUACUAUAAUUCAAGAACCCCGAGACUGGCCGAGCCCAUCCAGUUUCCGCUGAAUCUCGAUCAAGCGGUUGAUUCGGUCGCGGAGGAAGGCACGUUUGGCUGAUAUUGCCGAAUCUUCCGCAAGCAGGUCUCGCAGGCGCGUCGUCAUGUCAGGGCCCCGGAGCAGGUUCUCGAUCAACACAGGUUCCAAGCGAGAAGCCAUGCACUGGUUGAACUCGCGCUCGAUGACGAGAGGAACGUAAUCGAUGAUGCGCUGCAGCGAGCCCAGUCCAGUCAGACGAGACAGCCGAGCGGACGAAAAGAUGCGCAGACAGACCCGGUAUGCUAUCUGCCAAUACGCCCGCACCGUCGCCAUGAGAUCGAGCUCGCUCUCAUAGCCGUGUCCCUCUCGCACAUAGAGAUGGCGGCCGGGUAUGUAAUACGAGCCAGCGUCGUCAUGCGCUGCUUUGUAUCUGGCCGACCACGCGGCCUUCUGCGUCCGGAAGAGGUCCCGGUUUUGAGUAAACAACGGUGACUCAUCGAGAGUGCGAAACUUCUCCAGAGUCUGUCGCGCUAGAUCCUUGCACUCUGCGAGCUCUUGCGUGACGAGCGACCUGCCCAACGGAUCAGAAUCAUUCGCAGCGGUGAGGGGGUGGGCAAUGGAAUCAACGAGCGCCUCAGCACAAGACACCGUGCCUUCGAAACAGGACAUCGCCGGCUCCUUCCAAUUGCUCGUGAACCGCUGAACGAGAAUGAUCGUGGCAUGGAAGGGGACUUGCAUCUCUGGACACACACUCUUUGAUAAUCAGUUGGACCUCCGGCAGAUCGAUGGGCGGGAUGGUGCUCGCAACAUGAUCCACUUCAUCGAACGCAAUGAGCGGGUCUCUGAAGCGCUCGUGGCCAUGGAAUGGCCGGAAGUCGGGGGUCGUGCGCUGGAUGUCGGUCUUGAACUGGCCGUACUUCGUUCUGCAGUCUUGUACGAAGCUCUUCCGCUCCGUUCCCGCUACGGCGGCACGAAACGCAUUGCAGAACGCACUGAUCCUGCCGAACACGGCGACCGCGGCGUGAUCCAGAUCCGGUGCCGGGGGCAGACCAAUGAGCUCUUCGGUGUGGCGCUUCAAGAGUGCAUGGACUUGGGCUCGCAGUUGAGGCAAGCUGGUAGGCAUCAAGUCAGUGCCGGGCAUUGCAGCGAUGGAAGACAUACUUGGCCUCGAUGCGCUCGGUAAGAAGUUUACUUAGGAACGCUGCCAGGUUGCUCACUCCAAAGCGCGUGCGAUCGAGCACUUCGGACCAGGGCGCCGUCGAGUCGAAAAACAGCUGUGCCUGACCGUCGCACUGGGCUCUCGUCAUCCCGCGCGACCGUUGGGCGUCGUCGGGAAGUCGGACGCAGUGGUACCCAUGAGCAAGUGCAUCCCGGUCCCCGUCCAACACUUCCUUCCAUUGACUGCGGCGCCCGAUAUCCCCAGCACCUAGUGAAUCGGGCUUGGUGAGCACGGCUGUCAUCAUCCACAUGAGCCCACCAGCCACGAUCGAUUCGACGGAUCUUUCUCACCGAUCGUGCGUUGACCAGACGGAUCCGCGUUUCUAGCGAGUCGCAUUGCUUGCUGGUUCUGCAUGUCAUCUGCGCCCGCUCUUGAGACGAUGAGUGUAGACCAGAGCGACAGCACGUACCGCUGGCGGGAAUGGUCACGAGAAUCAGCGUCUGCUGCUGUUCAAUCCGGGAGAUAGAAAGGUCUCGGACGACUUGAAUGUUCUCAGGCUCCUCGUUUUGAAUCAAGCCUGAGUAUGCAGCCGUGAGCUGACUCUGUUGCCGAGCGGACAAGAACAAACAAACCCGGGAGAUCGACAAAUGAGAGAUCUGAAACAAGCGGGCAUCAAAUAGUGAGUUUGGUUGCUGGACGCGAUGAGAUACCGAUAAUGGCAGGAUCGCGCAAAGUAAGACACACGGCGUUCUUCGAAAACUUGAGACGCCGAGGAUCGGUCCCUGAAUUCCGCAGCUCCUCUGCGUUCUGAUUGUAGAACUCCUGCGAACUGCGGUGCGGACUCAGUAUGGCGGCCUGUGCGCGACGAAGCCAGAUCUCGACGGCGCUGCGGUCAGUGAUCGUCGGGCCGAACUGAAUCUCGUGGGUUGAGCCAGCGGGAUGGAUGGCGUCGUCGUCCUUGGGCUCGAGCACUUGUUCGUCAUGAUCGAAGCGCAAGGAGAUGUUGCAGGACCAUGAUUCGGCUGCACUUGACAUGACGCACUCCAUGGGACAACUGCGAGCGCGUCAGAAGACUGACGCUAUUGAGCGGAACAGCAUAGAAACUAACCGAGUACAUGUCCCACUGUCACGCGGCACAGUGAUCUGGAGAUAUUGGCAUACAGAAGAACAAGACGACCCAGUUUAGCGCACCCCGGAAACCGCCUCGACCAACGAGCUCUUCCCAGCUACGUCGAGCGCACGCUGAGCACAACGUCAUAUGCAAAGAUGCUGAGCGUACCAGACUGCCCCCCGAUCACAGUAAUCGUCGGAAGAUCGAGCAUGUUAGUCGCCCUACAAAAGAGAUGAGCGAGAACGCGACAGUCGGCGUCGCAACUGACCCCAAGGCGCGCAGAUCCUUGUUGAAGAUCAUCAGCUCUCUGCAACGUUGCGCGUAGUAUCCACCGGUCAGAGCCCCAGAGGGAGGAGAUGGCUCGCUGGCAGUCGCAGCGCCGGUGGUCAUGGUAUCGCCGAGGAGCUCCGAAGUUGCGUUGCUGGAUCCGUCGUUCGCGUUCCCCGGAACCGAGUGCGGCGUGUUGUCAGCACUAUCGCGUCUGCCAUUGAAGGAGGCAUUCCCUGAACGUCCGUUCGAAGCAAGGCGUCGGAGUUUACUCAUGGCCAUGUGCUCGAGAGAGAGGGACACGAGAUGUGCUGCUCCUGCACCCAGAGGGCGGCUAUUUAACCCAAUCCCUCAUCUCACCACGCGGCAGUCCUCGAAUUCUGGGCUUCGUGCGCGGUGCGUGCGUUAAACGCGCGGGCGCGUCCGACGUAAGAUUCGAAAAUUCCUCAUACAAAUGCAUGCUUCCAAAAGCGCCCGCUGAGGCCCAGAUGGGAAGUUUCGUGCACGAAUCGGGAGUGGAGACGGGCGCCAAUCGUGAGCAGGCGAGAGAAUUGCUUGUGCGUGGGACGCGCUGUAUGCCAUGCACCGACAUAGGCGCCCAUGGAGUGAGCAUUUGAGCAUCGAAAGGCCGUAUUGAGAAGGCCUCAAUACGGAAGAUUCCUUCUUCGUGAGGCCAAGCACGUACUAGUCCGUUGGUGAUAUUGUAGGAUUAUGUAGUCGUCCGCAGCCGGGACGGGUCUGGUCUUAGCUGGGGCGUACGAGCGAUGCAAGGCGAUGCCGCGCUUCGAAGAAUAUUAUAGCGAAAUGUUGGACAUCCGACUUGAGAGUCCAUAGCCCGCACAUGUGGUGUGGGACAAGUUUUGGGGAUACGUUGCAGGAGCGACAAUAUGAUGAGGUUAGGGUUAG